AUGAAAAUAUUUGGUCGAAAGCGUGCAGGCAACUCCGACGGUGGGUCAGGCGGCUCUACUGAUGUUCGUCAAAAUUCGACUACCUCUUCUACUCAAACGCUCCCAAAACGGCGUGUAUAUGUUAACACCCCUUUGCCUCCAAGUGAGAUAGAUCAUAAUGGAGACCCUAUUAUGUAUUUCGUACCAAACAAAAUAAGGACAGCAAAAUAUACUAUUUUCACUUUUUUACCAAAGAACUUGUAUGAACAAUUCCGUAGAGUAGCCAAUAUGUAUUUUUUAUUUCUUGUAAUUCUUCAGACGUUUCCAUCCUUAAGCGGUGACGUUUCCCCAGUUACAGCUGCUGCUCCCCUUGCCACAAUUGUUAUGAUAACUGGUGUGAAGGAUGCAAUUGAAGAUUGGAAGCGUCGUCAACAGGACAACGCACUAAAUAGAUCGCUUACUACAAGACUUUCUGAUUGGCAGAAUGUUAACGUUACGGACGGUGGAAAUUCAUGGAAAAAGCGAUUGUAUAGAGCAUGGACGACAAUCUCUACGUUAUUAAGUUCAAUGCUGGGUAAAGCCGAUAAUCAAUCCGAUACGAAUCAAAGGAAUAGUCCGGGAAACAGCACGUUUUCUGGUGAACAAGAUCGCAAUUUAACAAAGGGAAUACCAAAAAUAGUAGUAGGAGAGACGCCCAGUUCUGCUCGCUGGGCUGAAGCGCGUUGGCAAGAUCUUAAAGUUGGUGAUAUAGUUAAAUUAAAAAAUGACGACGACAUUCCGGCGGAUAUGGUUAUUUUAUCCACGAGCGAGCCUGAUGGUUUAUGCUAUGUUGAGACGAAGAACCUUGAUGGCGAGACUAACCUGAAAGUGCGCCAUUGCGUUUCGUCAACUUCAUCCUUUGAGAGUGAGGCUGAUUAUGAGCGAGCAACAUUCUAUGUGGAAUCCGAGCCACCCCAUUCCAAUCUCUAUUCUUACACAGGCGUUUUACGAUGGGUCGAUGGGAAUACUGUUCAGUCCAACGACGAUUCUAAAGUUGAUCCUAUUUCAAUAAACAACGUCUUUCUGCGAGGCUGUGUUGUCCGUAAUACUGAGUGGGCUAUUGGAUUAGUUAUUUACACUGGCACUGACACUAAGAUUAUGUUAAACUCUGGAGAUACUCCUAGCAAGAGAAGUCGCAUCGAAAUCGAAACCAAUUUUCAUGUUACUAUGAAUUUUAUUAUUCUUUUUCUUAUGUGUCUGGGAUCUGCCAUUGUAGACGCAGUCAUUUUUCUGCCACCAGUCACUUCUUCAGAUUAUUUUGAACCGGGCGAUGAUGAACCAGGAAGCGCCUUUCUCACCUUUUGGGCAAGUCUUAUUCUUUUCCAGAAUAUUGUUCCUAUCUCAUUAUACGUUAGCAUAGAAAUGGUCAAGACAGUUCAGGCUUAUUUCAUCCAUUCGGAUAUCGAGAUGUAUUACGAAAAGCUCGAUCUUCCUUGCGUUCCCAAGACCUGGAACAUAUCAGACGAUUUAGGACAGAUAGAAUACAUCUUUUCUGACAAGACUGGAACGCUGACACAAAACGUCAUGGAAUUCAAGAAAUGUACGAUUAACGGAGUAACAUAUGGAUUGGGUGAGACGGACGCUACACGAGGCGCCAAGCUACAGGAAAAGUCAGACUCAGAAUCCAACGCUAACGAUGAAAUAGAUCUAGAGAAUGAAAAAGCCCUUAUGUUAGCGGAAAUGUCUAAGCUCUAUGACAAUAGAUAUAUGUCGUCUAACUUUACUUUCAUCGAUUCAAGGGUGAUGGUUGACUUGUCUUCAGAUACCCAACAAUCAAGAGCCAUCCAAGACUUUUUUUCUGCUCUUGCUUUAUGUCAUACAGUUCUUGCGGAGCGUUCGGAUGAAAAUAAUUCCUUUGCACUAGAGUACAAAGCUCAGUCGCCUGAUGAGGCUGCCCUCCUUGGCGCUGCACGCGAUGUCGGAUUUGUAUUUAUUGAUCGAGUUCAAGACACAAUGAUCAUAGAUGUGAUGGGUGAACGAAAAGAAUUUACUCUAUUGCACGUAUUAGAAUUCAAUAGUACAAGGAAAAGAAUGUCCGUCAUUGUUAGACCACCAGAGGGUGGUGUGGUAUUGCUAUGUAAAGGUGCUGACAGUGUUAUAUAUGAACGAUUGGAAAAAGGACGACAAUCUAAGCUAAGGGAAGACACUUUGGCUGAUUUGGAAGUCUUUGCUAAUGAAGGUCUUCGAACAUUGUGUAUCGCGUACCGUGUUGUUCCCGAAGAGGAAUAUAACACAUGGUCAAAGAAAUAUGCGGAAGCAACAUCAACUGUUAAUGAUCGAGAAGAAAAGAUUGCAGAGGCGUACGAACUGAUCGAACAUUCACUCACAUUAAUGGGUGGCACUGCUAUCGAGGAUCGUCUGCAAGAGGGUGUUCCGAACUGUAUAGCAACCCUUUCUACGGCUGGCAUUAAAAUAUGGGUAUUGACCGGAGAUAAAACUGAGACUGCCAUUAAUAUAGGGUUCGCAUGCAAUUUACUCCAAAGGGAUAUGCUCCUAAUAAUUGUACAUGCAACUGAUAAAGAAAAUACCGAGAAACAAUUGAAAGAGAGUCUUCAAAAGUUUUUUGGUUCCGGAUCAGAUGGCAGUUCCCAGAAGCAUGCUUUGGUCAUUGAUGGUGAAACAUUGAAACACGCUUUGGACGAGAGCCUGAGCCCAUUACUAUUGGACUUGGGAAAGAGAUGCGAAAGUGUCCUCUGCUGUCGCGUCAGUCCUUUGCAGAAAGCUAAAGUCGUGAGUCUAGUGAAGAAUGGACUUAAUGUUAUGACUUUGUCUAUAGGAGAUGGUGCAAACGAUGUAAGCAUGAUUCAAGAGGCCAAUGUGGGUAUUGGAAUCGCAGGCGAGGAAGGUCGGCAAGCUGUUAUGGCUGCUGAUUACGCCUUUGCUCAAUUUAGAUUCCUGACCAAACUUCUGCUUGUGCACGGGAGAUGGUCAUAUAUUCGAAUCGCUGAGAUGAUUUCGUGCUUCUUUUACAAGAACAUUGUAUGGACUUUCGCCAUGUUCUGGUAUCAAAUUUGGGCAGGAUUCAGUGCUCAAUAUUUGUAUGACUAUACGUACAUUAUGCUAUAUAAUCUUGCGUUCACCGCGAUUCCAAUUAUGUAUCUUGGUGCUUUUGAUCAAGAUGUUAAUUCCAAAACAUCAUUGGAGCAUCCACAACUUUACAAACGUGGCAUAUUACAGCAGGACUUUACCAGAAAAAAGUUUUGGCUCUAUGUAUUGGACUCGAUUUAUCAAUCUCUCAUUUGCUACUUCAUACCAUUCGGUUUUUUACUAAACGGGUCAUCACACGAGAACGGAUUGACAAGCAAUAGCUUAGAAGAUUUAGGAACUGUUGUCGCGGGAGCUGUAGUGGUGACGACUAAUUUGUAUGUUGGACUGAACACAAUGAAUUGGACAUGGAUGGCAUUUGUGGUUAUCGGACUCAGCAUUCUCUCGUUCUACGCAUGGGUCGAACUAUAUGCUAUUUGGUCUUCCAUUGGAUUCUUCCGAGUUGAUGAAAUAUUAUUCACGCAGGUUGAUUUCUGGCUGUCCAUCAUUUUGGCUACGUUGCUCAGUCUUUUACCGCGUUAUCUGGUGAAAUUCAUAUAUCAGACAUAUCAUCCCAUGGACGCUGACAUUAUUCGAGGGCAAAUACACGCUAAAAAGAAAGUAAAGAAACCCAAAUCUGUAUUCAUUGAAGAAGAUCAAAUGCCGAUUACAAGCACACGGAAAUCAUCAUUUGAAAACGAAACGGCCGUUUCUAGUACCAUAUUACCAACCGAUGUUGGGAGUGAGGUCUCUUUCACCGAUUCUUCCAACACGUAUCCGCCAGAACAGGGCACAGUAAGAAAAAUACUAUCCCUCUCGAAGUUACCGAGUUUCAAACUGAAGAGCAAAAAUCAACGCAAGCCAUCGGUUCGUUCGGUCGACCAGCUUAUGUACAUGUCGACAGGCAGGCGAGAAUCUUUCACUGGAUUCGCAUUUUCUGGGGAAGAAAGUGCGUUCGAGACGUUCCGUCGAUCUAUAUACAAACCAAUACAGAGUCGCCAAAAGCUUCAGAGAGCACACAGUAUUGCCACUACCUCAAGCAGAAGACAAACAUUCCUAUCAACGUUGUCGAUAAGUCGGAGUCGAACAUUACCAACUACGCUAUUUCGCAGAAGACAGAGUCGUGAUCCAUCACCAAGCCUAUCGAUUAACAACUCAAUUAGAGAUAGAGACGACAGGCAAAUGGACGCUGCUGAACCGUCUGAAGAAGUGGAAUUAUCUGUCAUUUCCCGAUCUCAAUCAUAG